AUGUCGAGGCUGCUCGUGUUCCACCUGCUAGGAGUCUGCCUGCUGCUGCACCAGCUCCCCACAGCUCUCUGCUACAAGCCCACAGACGUCGUGAGGCUAUGCGGCCGCGACUUAAUGCGCUUCUGGAUCAGAUUAUGUGGCCAGCCCCACUGGGGAACGUUUUUCAGUAGGAGCAAGCCAUCACUGGCAGCCCUCCCGCCCGCAGAAAAUGUGUUAUCCUCCAACAAAAAUACAGAAAACUUAAAUAAGAUGUUGGCCUUCAUUCCUAAUUUUCAAGAGAAGGGGGUGGCAUAUGAAGAACGUCAGAAAAUAAUCCAGAAGAGAGACAGUGAAGUAGAAGACAACAGGCCUUCAGAUGUGAACUACUUAGGCUUUGAUAAGCAUCCCCGAAAGAAGAGAAUGCUGACUGAACCAUUGAGUGACAAGUGUUGUCACCAAGGUUGUACCAUAAAAGAACUUGUGAACAUAUGUUGA